UAAAGAAAAGAGAAAAUUGGGGUUUCCUCGAAUUCGUGUUUCUGUAGUCGAAUUUGUAUGUCUUUUUGACGCAUAAAAGUAUCGCCGCGCACAUGUGCUUAUACAUACAUAUUCAUACAUACAUACAUAAGUAUAUACAGUUUUUAUAGGCAUCCGCAUAUUAUUUCUGGAAGAGCUUACGUCGCAUUUAAUCUGAAAACGUUUUGGAUCGUGAGGCAUUCCUGCAGUCGGAGAUAAGCUAAAUGGAUAUGAAGUUGCCACUCUCGCCUCCGCCGUACAGUGCGGAACUUCAGCCCGGAUCGCACUUGGAACCAACUGCUCCGCCACCGCAUGUUAUGCCACAACAACAACAGCCGGGCGUGCUCGUGAUUCACAACACUGUAGUCGACCGGGCCGCAGGUAAUGGCAUGCAGUGCCCUGCUUGCAAUGCUCGCGUAAAGGUCCGUGUGGAGCAUCACGCAACAGGCAAAACCUAUUGUACCGCUGCACUUCUGUGCCUCUUUCUCUGCUGGCCUUGCGUGUGCCUGCCCUGCUGUUGCAGCUGCUGCUACCGCACUACCCAGUACUGCCCCAACUGCAAUGCACGCUUGGGCAGCUUCGCAUAUUAAACGUAACCAGGACCCAGCUAACAACUCUGUUUGCAUUUAAUAGCAGUUUUAUAAAUGUGCUAUCUAAAAUUAACAUUUGUGUGUACUUACAUACAUACAUGUGUAUGUAUGUGGGUUGCUUUGCAAGUGUAUCCAAAUUUAUGUAUGUACUACAUAAUAAAAAUAAUAACCAUACAUCCAUAAA